ACGGGCUGCCCUACUGCGAGGCCGACUACCACACCAAGUUCGGCAUCCGCUGUGACGGCUGUGAGAAGUACAUCACAGGGCGUGUGCUGGAGGCGGGGGAGAAGCACUACCACCCGUCGUGUGCGCUAUGUGUCAGAUGUGGCCAGAUGUUUGCAGAAGGCGAGGAGAUGUACCUUCAAGGCUCCUCCAUCUGGCACCCAGCAUGCCGACAAGCAGCCAGAACUGAAGACAAAAACAAGAUGCAGAACCAAAUUUGCAAUCAGGUCUGCCCGGGCGCCACCCCCCAUGCCUUACAGGAAACCCGGACUUCCUCAGAAAGCAUCAUCUCUGUCCCCGCUUCCAGCACCUCGGGGUCUCCGAGCCGCGUAAUUUAUGCCAAGCUCGGCGAUGAGAUCCUGGACUACCGGGACCUGGCCGCGCUGCCCAAAAACAAGGCAAUCUACAACAUCGACCGCCCCGACAUGAUCUCCUACUCCCCCUACAUCAGCCACUCCACAGGGGACAGGCAGAGCUAUGGCGAGUCGCCUCAGUUGCUCUCGCCCACGCCGACUGAGGGAGACCAGGACGACAGGUCCUACAAGCAGUGCCGGACCUCCAGCCCGAGCUCCACUGGCUCCGUCAGCCUCGGACGCUACACCCCCACUUCACGGUCACCCCAGCACUACAGCCGUCCAGCUGGUACUGUGAGUGUUGGUACCAGUAGCUGCCUCUCCCUGUCCCAACACCCAAGCCCUACAUCCGUGUUCAGACAUCAUUACAUCCCCUACUUCCGAGGUAGUGAAAGUGGCCGGAGCACUCCCAGCCUCUCCGUGCUCUCAGACAGCAAGCCUCCCUCCUCCACCUACCAGCAGGCUCCUCGCCACUUCCACGUCCCAGACACUGGCGUAAAAGACAACAUCUAUAGGAAACCCCCUAUCUACAAACAGCAUGCCGCAAGGCGAUCCGAUGACGAGGAUGGAAGCUUCAAUCAGGACAACAGGAAGAAGGCCAGCUGGCUGAUUCUCAAGGGGGACGCGGACACUAGGACCAACUCUCCAGACCUAGACAGCCAGUCUCUGUCCCACAGUAGUGGGACUGAUAGAGACCCUCUCCAAAGGAUGCACGCGGACAAUUUUGACUCACGAUUCCCCUAUUCCAAAUCUGACUCCCUCCCAGGACGUGGAAAGAAUGGCUUGGACCACCGGAAUGCCAAUCUGGCCCCUUGUGGAGCAGACCUGGAUGCCAGCUGGGGCAUGCGAGAGUACAAGGUCUAUCCUUAUGACAGCCUCAUCGUAACAAACCGAAUUCGUGUGAAACUGCCUAAAGAUGUGGACAGGACGAGACUGGAGAGACACUUGUCACCUGAGGAGUUCCAGGAAGUGUUUGGGAUGAGCAUUGAAGAGUUUGACCGCCUGGCCCUUUGGAAGAGAAACGACCUCAAGAAGAAAGCCCUGCUGUUUUGAUGGCCGCCGACGUGCCUGACCACGUGUGUUUGCAGGGAGCAGAGACGAGGGAUCCCUGGCGAGAAUCACGCAAAAACCCCCCUACUGCACCUUGCUCUGGCUUCUCUGUGUCCAUGGGGCGGGUGGUGGGUGCCUGAGGGAGGCCAGCUUGGGGGCCGGAGAGUGGGAGGGGGGCUCUCCCAGCAGGCACAGCCCCUGUUUCUGCUUGUGACACUCCUGCCUGUAGUUUGGGGCCAAGUCUAUUGUCACACCAUCCCUUCCCCACUGUGGCUGCACAUCAGGGAGAGGCUACCGAGUAGCCGUCGUAGGAAGCAGGACGGAGCGUUCAGAGGGCUGCAGCCCACCUUCCCAGAGUGCUCCAGGUUCUGGGGGUAUAGAAGUGGCCGGGACGUGAGCUGUGAGGAGGCCUGGCAAUGACAGAUGCCAACACAUCACGGGUUAGUGGGCACAAAAGCUCCUCACCGCUGAGGGACAGUCUGGCGGGCAGACUUGAAGGCUAGGGCAGGAGAGGAACGCCAAGUGUUCAGGGCAUGCCAAGCACAGGCGCACACUUUUUGCAGCUGUCUGCGAUGGGUCUCAGUGAGGAACACCAACCUGGACCCUUUCCUCCAGGGCCCCUCCGUGCACUGCAUUCUUCUUCCAAAUCACCCCCGAGAUGCCUACAUGAUAUCUUUAAAGUAACACAGAAGUUUUUAUUUUAUUAAAAAGCAUAGCCUACUGAAACAUAAGAUACAUAUAUAAAGAGUUUAAUUUUACGGUCCCUCUGCGGGGGAGCGCCUCCAGCCUUAUUCUCCACCGUUCAGAUCUAUGUGGUUUUGGUUCUUGGUGUGUUCUGAAUAGAUAGGACUCCUCGUCUGUUUUCUUUUUUUUUUUCCUUUUUUCCAUGUGUCACACAGGUAACCUUAAAGACAGACCCUUCUAAAUAAUGCUGUUUGUAAAUACGCGUGAAAUAUGGUCACUACUGUUUUCCUCGCUGUUAUUUUUCCAAGUCAUGGAGAGAAAACAUCCCCCUCUGAUGGCCAAAGCCCUGGAAUAAAGGAUUUCCACGUAUCCAGCCUAAUACCUGAUGUAGCUUUGGUGUCCUGUCUUUGUGAUGUAGCCUGAAAUGCAAACCACACACACCCUGGGAAAGAUAAGCUCCUGUGUGUCCCUGAAACAGGCUACCAGGCUCUGGGGAGAGAGGAGUGGAGGUUUGCUCUUCUACGUUGCUAUGCCCACAGAGUGUCCAGGAGCAGGGGCUGGCCAAGUCCCCCAAGUGAAAGGCAUCUGUGUCCACUGGUAGGUGUGGGUGCAAGCGCGGUGCCUGUCGCGAGGUGCUGGCAAGGUGCACUGAGAACUAUUCGCCAGUGCUCGGUGGGCGUCACCUCUUCGUGCAUGUCCUGGUUGUCUCCUCCUGUGAGUCGUCUUUACUCAGCUUCCCCAUGGCUCAUAAGAUGACAAGUCACAUUUCCUACCCAGCUUCUCACUCAGCUUGGCGAGGGAGGAGGACGUUUUAGCACCUAAUACACUUCCUGCCAUUUAGCAAUCUGAGCCCGGCAAGUGGAAACCCCCAUCUUCUCUUCGUGGCAAUGUCCUAUCUGAUCCCAGGGUUGGAUGCUUGGGAAAAUA